AUGUCACUUGCCGAGCCCCUACCGCACCUCUGCUACAACGUGAAAUGUCCGCCCAUGUCCGAAAUGACCUGUCCAGCAGACAGCAGUGUGCGUGAGAUGCUGAAUACCAUAGAAGUACAACAAACCACAGUAGCACCCUCGCAACUCACCGAUGAAACGGCUUACAACACCACUGAGAUCGAUGAAGACAUCUACGCCGAGUGUUGCCUGUCCAAGAAAUGUGUCUGCAAAACCUGCUACAUACCAGACUGUCACGGCGAGGAUGAAGUAGUCGUUGAGCUAAUGCCCGAGUCAAUGAACAAGCCCGGCCAGUGUUGCGGUGAAUAUGAAUGUCAACGCAAACCGAAUUGCGCUACUGAAGAUGACAGCCAACUGUAUUGGCUGAAGGGUUGCCAGCGCUGUCAUUGCUUUGCGGGCAAACCCAUGUGCAUACAAGUCUGCGACGAAGCGGUCAACAAAACCAAGGCAAUUUGUAAACCAGAAAAAUUAAAUUUCCUCUUCGAACACGGGGAGAGUUGGCGCGUCGGCUGCUAUGAGUGCGAGUGUGUUGAUGGCGUGGAGAAGUGUGUUUUGCCAUUUUGCAGUAAUAUCGAUUGUCCGCGUGAACGGCAAGUGACGCUGAAGGAUGGCUGCUGCCCCAUCUGUUGGCCCGACUGUGCGCCCAUGCCCAAUGAGCUGCUCAACAGCCGCAGCGGCAUGCAACACAAUAAGUACGGCAGCGGCUCACGUCAUUAUGAUGAGGAGGAUGAUGAUUUUCUUGAGGUACCGAAUAGUGCGUCGCACGAUGGAGAUUAUAUAGCGGAGAAUGCGAUUGACAUAUUGCCGAACACAAAAUUGGCCGAUGACGAGAGGCAACUGAAUAGCACAGUAGAAGGACCGACUACCAUAAAUGUUACAAGUGCCACACCACUCAACAACACCGCCGCAGGCAGCACCAGCAAUAGCAGCAGUGGAGCGCAAAUCGAUGCUCUUGCAAAUUCAACAACCACGGCUAGCCCCUUUGUACAGUCCGCCACGUCAACGCCUGAUGCGCCAGCCGAAUACUUGCCAAUAUCGUCCGCACCCACCACGGCAGCUCCUCAGGCCGCCAAUAUUGCGCUUGCUAGUGAGCCUGCUAUAGCCACCGCUUGCCCACCUAUUGCGGCUUCACGUCGCAAAGGUCACGCCGCCUCUUUCCCACUACAGCCCGAUGAUGGCAACGAUUAUGAUGAUGAGACUGAUGCUGCUGCUGCUGCUGCUGCGGAUGUCAUGCCAGAAAUAAGAGUCGUCUCGGAAUCGUGCAAACAUUGGUUGAUUUAUAUCGUAAUUGGCAUUUUAGUCGCUUUCAUUGCGGUGCUGAUAGCUUGGAUUAUCCAAUUGCGUUUGAAGCAGCGCUCCUAUCGGCCAGUCUCGCACACCGAUGAUAAUUUCAAUAAGAUGUCGUGUAAUAUUAAACAAACAAAUGCUUAUGUUUAGAAAGAGAUAAAUAUACAUACAUAGUAAGUGUAACGGUAAAUGCGCGGGUGAGAGAGACAGGCAGAAACUGUAUUACAGCGAAAGGUCCUGGAAAGAGAAGCGAGAGGAAACGUAAUAGAAUAGUAUAUAUAAAGGAUUGAUGGAAGCAUAGAAAAGUAAAUUUGAGACUUUAAAGAAAUCAAUAAUUUUUGCUUUUUUUGAGUUGGAACAUUUUUUGUUUCUUUUUUUUUGCUUUAGAAAUAUAUACACAGACCCCUGGCAGUGCGAAGAAAAUCACUCGCACACAUUAAAACCCAAUCAUUUCCUAAUGCUAAUUCAAGUUGAGCAAUUUUUUGGAAAGUAAAAAUGUUUUCAUCUGUUUUUUUUGGAAAAUAGUUAAUAAAAACUACUGAAAUAAUUUUUUUCGAUUUUCAUGAUCAUUGUCAUCUCCAUAAUUUCGAAAAUUGAUACUCGGGCGAGUAUUCCGUCAAAAAAGAAAAUAUAUUAAAAAUUCAAUUUCGAUGUAUAAAAUAAACUUAGACCCUUCAA